GUAGGCAGUGAAGUUCAUGGCAUAAAGUUUUUUAAAGAUCUGGGGUUCGAUACUGUGGACUUUCCCGCUCUUUAUUCAAAUUCUAGCGGUCUAGGGUUCUUCGGCAACGCGCGAGGGUUUCUUCUCGGAGGAUCAAUGCAGCUGAGGGAGCGCAAGCAUGCGGCGCCGACGGCCGAAGCGCCGGCCGAGGAGAUCUCGGACGAUUCCUCUGCGGAUGGAAAUAUCGUGAUGGCCAUGAGGCGUGUCGUCCGCCCAGUAAGGAAUUCUCGCAAGGUACUCUCUACGCUUCUAAACGGUCGGGAAGAUAGUGAUAGUGAUGUGUUCGUCCAGUCCACACCGGCUUUAAUAAGGAAGCAGCGAUCAGCUAGAGAAACUCGGGAUGUGGGGAAAGUUGAUUACAAGGACGCCUCGUCGUCUUCGUCGAGCGAGGAUGAAGUGGAAGAUGACAUCGCUGUACCAGAUUUCGACAGUGAUCUCUACGUUCCGGAUUCGAAUAGUGAUGGUGAUGGUAAAGCCGAGAAGGAUACGAGGAAUGCCGGGAGGAAAGAUAAGAACAAAGUAGCAAAUGGUCGGGCGGCAAAUGGUUGGGUUCAGGUGAAGAAGGAACCAUCGGCUGGAGUGACAGAUUCCGGAAGGCCAAGAAGAGCUUGCACUGCUGCUAAACUUGCUGGGAAAGGGACUGCCAAAGGAACGCUGCAAAAGUACUGGUGUAAGAAGGUGAUUUCGUCGGCGAGUGGCACCGAUGAUAGCGCAAGCAGUGAGUCGGAAGAUGGGACCGAGCAAGCAGUGCGGUCGCCUCGUUAUGCGGUUACCAUGCAUGGAUUGGAAGUUGAAGGAGCUUUUCGGCCGGUUGCCAAGGUACUCAAGCAAGCCGAGAAGAUACUGGCGGUGAGAAACCGAUCAAGCGGUGCUGCGGUGUAUUGCGUCAAGGAGUAUGGCAGAAGCUACAGGAAUGCCGUGAACGUCACAGAGGCGGUGUUGCAAAAGUACUCCCCUCAACUCCUGCGGAGCUUCCACAAGCGUUUAGAUGCGCUUGGAAGAGUUGAUGGACAUCUGGGGACUGUUGAAAGUGGUCCUGCCUUUGAUCCGCAGUACCUCAUCGUCGACAGGGUGGUAGCACUUGAGCAGCGCGGGAGAACAAAGAAAGUCUACGUCAAGUGGAAAGGUCUCCCAUACACAGAUGCGACCUGGGAAAUCGAAGAGUCCAUGGCGGCAGAGAAAGCAGCUCUCGCUAAAUUCAGAGCAUUUGGUCCAUCUUCAAAGCCUCGCAAUAUAUCUACAGGCUUCAAAGAUGGACGUGCACUGCGUGAGUAUCAGAAGGACGGGGUGGCAUGGCUGGAUCGGAACUUCCACCUUAAGGUGAACUGCAUUCUUGCCGAUGAAAUGGGACUGGGGAAAACUAUACAGUCUGUUGCGAUGCUGGAGAACUUGCGUUACAAGAAAAGGAUUGAGGGACCAUUCCUGAUUGUCGCGCCUGUAUCAACGCUCGGUCACUGGCAAAGAGAAAUCGAAUCGCUGACCGAUAUGAAUUGUGUCGUUUACAUGGGAAGCCAGGAGGAUCGUGCUAUAAUUCAACAGUACGAGUUCUGGAGUACACGAGGAAAUCCGAAAUUUACUGUUCUUUUGAGCAGUUUUGAAAUCAUAAUGAAAGACCGAAGCUUUCUUGCGAAAGUGUCGUGGCAGUACGUGGUUGUUGACGAAGCCCACCGGUUGAAGUCUAAAGAAUCCAAGACUGCGCAUGCUCUCGGGUGUAUGGAUGUCAGACAAGGAGGCCUUCUUCUUUUGACCGGCACACCCAUCCAAAACAACACUAAAGAGCUCUUUAGCCUUUUAAGCUUCCUUGAUCCAGAUAAAUUUGACUCGGAAGAGAGCUUUAUGAACAAAUAUGGAAGUAUCAAAGAUAUUGAACAGGUGAAAGAUCUUCAAGAAAAUGUUUUGCGGCCUAGGCUCUUGCGUCGCAUGAAGGAAGACGUGGAGAAGAGCAUUCCGUUAAAGGAAGAGACUAUUAUUUGGGUGGAACUGACCAAAGGUCAACGAGCGUACUACAGGGCGCUUUACGAGAAUAGAAUAUCUGAUUUAAUUAAAGGGACUCAACCUAGUAAUAUGCCGAACCUGCGGAAUAUGGCUAUGGAACUUCGCAAGCUUUGUAAUCACCCGUUCCUAUGUGAUGGGCUUGAAGAGGAUUUUGCUUCCAAGCAUGCAAAUGCCUCGAGUGUUUCGAAUCUGGUUCAAAGUUCUGGGAAAAUGGUUCUUUUGAACAAACUUCUGCCAAUGUUGCGAGAUUCAAAUCGCCGCGUUCUCAUCUUCUCUCAGUUUACAAUCAUGCUGGAUAUUCUAGAAGAUUAUCUCUCUUCUGAAGGGUACACGUUUGAGAGGAUUGACGGGAAGAUUCGGGGUUCCGAACGACAGGCAGCUAUCGAUCGGUAUUCUGCGAACGAUUGUAAGACCUUUGCCUUUUUAUUGAGCACUCGCGCUGGGGGGUUGGGGAUCACUCUCACAGCUGCGGAUACAUGCAUAAUUUAUGAUUCAGACUGGAAUCCUCAAAAUGAUCUUCAAGCGAUGGCACGGUGUCACAGAAUCGGUCAAACGAAAGACGUCAGGAUUUAUCGUUUGAUAACACGAAACACCUACGAGCAACACUUGUUCGAGUGUUCUUCACGGAAGUAUGGGCUGGACGAGGCUGUAUUGGGGAGAUUCGCAGAGGACCAACCUGAUUUUACUAAAAACAUCGAGAGCCUUUUAAGGCAUGGUGCAUAUGUUUUGAAGGAGGACGGGGAGGAGGAUGCUGCAGCUUUUCGUGCUGAGGAUAUAGACCAAAUCCUACAACAGAGGACACAGAAAAGAACAAUUGGAGGGCGAGGAAACAAUACUUUCUCGGUUGCCACCUUUGUUUCGCUUGACAAUGCAACUGCUGAUCCUAGUCCGGACUUCAGCAAUGUGGGAGCCGAAGAGUUUUGGAAAAAUCUUAUGCCAGAAGCAUGUGAGGUGAAGGAAGAUGUAGAAAGCAUCAGCCUCGAAGGUCCUCGGAGAAAAAGAGUAAACUACGCGGAAAAGACCGAGAACUCGAGUGAUGACGAUGACGGUGACAGUAGGAGUGACGACGAUCAGAGCAACAGUGAUGGAAACCCAAAUCGAACCUGGAGUGUUCAAGAAGUGCAACGCGUUGAGCUUUCCAUUUUAAUGUAUGGGACACCUCAGAGAGACGAGCUGUUUAAAGAUCGUGACUCACUGGAAGUAGAAGAAGUUACUCAGGCGAUUAUUGAGCUGUGCCACUAUGCGGUGAUGAAAAACGCAAAGCCGGAUUCUAUCAUUGUGCCUCCAGUUUUACCACCCAAGGCUGAGAAAGCCCUCAACUCUCCCGCAUUCAUGCAACGACUGGAAAAAAAUGCCACGAAGUAUUUGGAGAUUGUUCGUGAACGUCAAGCUAUUGCGAAGGCUCUAAAGCUGGACAACUUAUGGCUAGGACUGCCCAGGUCGAAAAAACUUCCUACGUGGUGGGGUGAAGCUGAAGACUUGGAUUUGCUAAAAGGCGUGCAUAUGCAUGGACACAAGGCGUUCAAAUCAAUAAGGGCUGAUGCUUCUCUCUGCUUCGCUUCGAUGAUAGAUGAGUAUCCUUCGGACGCCGUCCUCGCGGGACGAGUGAAAAGACUUGUUAGGAUACUAGAAGACACGCCAAGUGAGAGUAGGAACGCGGAGAAGGCUAUAGUCAGUCAAGCGCUCACGAGUGUCCAGGAGUCUCCGGUUUUGAAGCAAUCAAACCGGCACAAGCGAAUCUUUUCCGAGAGGCCAGAUGACAUUGAGCCGUGUGCGGACAUCAUCACUGACUCGUCACCGAGCGCGGACGUUGGUAGCAAGACCUCCAAGAGGAUACGUCUCAGUCCUCUUCCGAGGAACGUCGCCAAGGUGCCGAAGCCAGUAAAAGCUUCCAAUCCAAACGAAUCCAUCGGAGACAAGGAGAACAAAGCACCCGUUGUUUCGUCUUCCAAAGCGAGAAAGCGAGUGAGCCCUCCCACUAGUGGCAAGCAGCAGCAAUCUCUACUUGGCUAUUUUACUCCAAGGAGCGCGAGUCUUAAAAACUAGUAGUUUCUUUGAUCUGUAUGUCUUAGGUAUUUGUUGUUCUCAUGAAUGCCGGGAUACUUGGCUUGGUGGCUCGGAGAAAAAAAAAGCAAAAAAUUGCUAUCAAAAAUUGGAUUGGAAUAUGACUUAUAAUUA